AUGGAGGAGGCAGAGGCAGAGCUCGGCGAGGUCUUCUACCUCUGCAGCUUCAACCCUAGCCCGGUGGAGGCCGUCACCUACUUCUUGCCGCGGCUCAUCUCCGGCGAGCCGCUGCCCCGUGGCGCCGAGCAUCUCAUCCACCGCGUCGACAUCUACAACCACGAGCCCAAAGACCUCGCCGCGGCCUUCGCCCCCGCGCCCAAGGCCGAGCGCACCGGCGACCGCUUCUUCUUCACGCUCUCCAAACGCCAGAAAGGGAGCCGCACCAGGACAGCGCGCGUCGCCGGCGCCGGCACCUGGACCAUCCAGAAGACAAGGGACGUCAACGAUGAGUCCGGUCUGAAGGUGGGCGAGAGGAGGAGCCUCUGCUUCAGGAAGGGCAAGGCGUCCACCAGCUGGGUCAUGGAGGAGUACCGGUGCUUGCGGCCAGACGCUAUAGUGGACGACGGGGAGAUGGUGUUCUGCAAGAUCCAUCUUUCAUCCAAGCCGCGUCCCGAAGCUCAACAAGAGUCCGCCGCAUAUCUCCGUCGUCAUCAAGAACUCGCCAAGAAUCAGCCGCCAAUGCCGGUAGCAAAGAGGCCGGCGCCGUGUGCCGCCGAUCCGCCGAGCCCAAAACGUGCGCGGGUUGCUUCCCUGACCCCUGCCGUGGCUGAAUCUGACGGCGGCGACAGCAACGCGUUCGCGAGCUUGCUGGAGGAGGACAUGCUUGGUGCCGUCAGCUCCCAAGACGAGAUCGCCCCUAUCAACAUCGACGACUACAUAGACAGGUUUACUUGCUCGAUUCACGAAUUUCUCGGUGGAGCAACUGAUCCGGAGGAGGCCGCCACGCUUCCGGCCGACGAACCAGAGAACGAUUUUGACAACAGCAUGGCGAGCGAUGAGGAGUUCAACUUUGACAUUCCACUACUGAGCAACUCGAGCAUGGUGUUCAACCUAAACGGUGAGGACAGCUUCAACCUGCUGGACAACGACCUCUACGACUACAAGCUUCAGACCGAUGAUGGAGAGCAACAGCAGGCCGGCUUGACGAGUGACGACGAGUCGUGGGCCAUGACGGCAGAAGACGAAGGAUUCAUGCGGCUCAUGGGGAGCUACACGCCAUGGCCGACGAUGUUCACUCUGGAUCAGCUCGAGGGCCACAACGAGUUCUUCUCCUACGUUGAAUGA